ACACGCACCCCCUUAAAAAAAAGACUGCUAAUGGUACUGUUGGUAAAAGGUUUGGUAAUGUUUCAUUACGAUAUGGGCAGCAGCCACUGCCAGCAUAGGAACCACAAUGACAAGCCAAUGUUGGCAGAAUCAAGGAGGCAAGUGGGAAAGUGGGCGGGCGCUUUUAGCGUCUCCUCCCACAGUUGUACUGGUCCAAAGCAAGACCUCAAGCUGCUUCAGAACUACAAUCAUCUCCAUCCAUUCAGCUGGGGACUGUAGUUCCACAGUAGCCAAAGCAUCCCAGCCAUAUAAAGAAAUGCGUAAAAGAAAAAGGGCGACACAAUAUUAUUGCAUUUGACGGCUUAGCCUUGCAGGUUUUCAGAUCUCCAGAGAUUAGGAAUGCGCGGCGCGCCUGUGCGGGGGAACGAAAGGAAGAGGCGGAGCUGCAGGUGACACAUUCAUGUCGCUGCAUGUGGAAGCUGCUACCGGGAGAGGAAGCAAUUCCGCGCUUUCUGUAGCCUCUGGCCUUUACCGGCUGAGGGAUGAACGCGUUGAUGCGGCGUGCCUGCUGCGGGGCGCUAUUCCCCCUCUCAUUCCGACUGGCCGCGCUGAGCCCUAUGAAGGGAGCUAGUAACUUUAGCUGCGGUAACGUGUGCGCCUCUCCUGCCGGAUGUUGGGCGCCACCAAGUGGACACGACACGGGGAUAAAAGUGUACAACAGCCUUACUAGGAGGAAGGAUCCACUUAUUCUGGCAGAUCCGACAGUAGCGACAUGGUAUAGCUGUGGACCUACAGUUUAUGACCAUGCACAUCUUGGACAUGCAUGUUCUUAUGUUAGAUUUGACAUAAUUCGAAGGAUUCUGCUCAAGGUUUUUGGGAUUGAUACAGUCGUGGUGAUGGUAGUCACAGACAUUGAUGAUAAGAUAAUCAAGAGAGCAAAGGAGCUCAAUAUAUCUCCUGUGGCCUUAGCUCGUACUUACGAACAGGAUUUUAAACAAGACAUGACUGCGUUGAAGGUCCUUCCACCAACAGUAUACAUGAGAGUUACUGAAAAUAUUCCACAGAUCAUAUCAUUUAUUGAACACAUAAUUGCCAAUGGAUAUGCAUAUGCUACCUCACAAGGAAAUGUUUAUUUUGAUGUUCAGUCGAUUGGAGAGCGAUAUGGGAAAUUUAAUGAUUCUUUCAGUGAUACAGCCAGCGAAUCAGCAUCACAAGAUAAAAGGCAUAUCCGAGAUUUUGCUUUGUGGAAAACAUCCAAGCCUGAGGAGCCUUACUGGGCUUCUCCUUGGGGCAAGGGAAGACCUGGCUGGCACAUAGAGUGUUCCACAAUUGCAAGUUCUGUAUUUGGCAAACAUCUAGACAUUCACACUGGUGGGAUUGACCUUGCUUUCCCUCAUCAUGAAAAUGAAAUUGCUCAGUGUGAGGCAUAUCACCAGAGCACACAGUGGGGAAACUAUUUCCUUCAUACUGGACAUUUACAUUUGAAAGGGAAUGAAGAAAAAAUGUCAAAAUCCCUGAGAAACUAUGUGACAGUUAAGGAGUUUUUAAAGUCCUUUUCCCCUGACCAGUUUAGAAUGUUUUGUCUGCGCUCAAAAUAUAAAUCAGCUGUGGAAUACAGCAACGGGUCCAUGCAUGAUGCAGUAAAUACCCUACACACCAUCUCUUCGUUUGUCGAUGAUGCAAAAGCCUAUAUGAAAGGUCAGCUGAUUUGCCAACCAGUGCAGGAGGCUUUACUCUGGCAAAGGCUGAAUGAAACAAAAGUAAAUGUUAAGGCUGCGUUUUCAGAUGACUUUGACACCCCACGAGCAGUUGAUGCAGUUAUGGACCUCAUUCACCAUGGCAACAGACAGCUUAAGGCUGUUUCCAAGGAGUCAAACUCUCCCAGGAGCUCUGUAGUUUAUGGUGCCAUGAUCUCUUACAUUGAACAAUUUCUGGAGAUAUUGGGAAUUUCCUUGAGCCAAAACCAGGUCGCUGCAGAAGAUAGACACUCGGCUGUUCUCUUUAAUGUAGUAGAAGAAAUGAUCAGUUUUAGAAGUAAGGUGCGGAAUUACGCCCUGGCUGCAGAUGAAUCACCAAAUGCAAUAGGACAAGAGGAAAAACAGCAAUACAAGGAGAGGAGAAGGCAGUUGUUACUGGAAAGGGAACCACUCCUACAGGCUUGUGACAUAAUGCGCCAACAUCUGGCUGUAUAUGGCAUAAAUGUAAAGGAUCGUGGAAAUACAUCAACAUGGGAACUACUUGACCGCAAAGAAGAAACCUAGUUUAUUCAUUCAUGUACAUUUAUUUUAUAGAUGUAAAAAUAUUAAGUGUAUAUAUUUAUUAAAAUAAGUUAAGGAAA